AAGCUUCUUUGUCUCUUCAUGCCAGCUCCUGUAAUCCCCUUAGACACACCACGUGGAGACUGCCUGUUAUGCAAAGACAGGAAGGAGACGUUAUAAGGGCUGAGCAGCCUGUCCUGCAUCAGAUAACUGAGCACAGGUUGAAGUGUCCACACACACCCGGACAGACCCACUGUACGUGGGAUUCCUGUCCUGGGAGUCCAGGAAGAGGAGCUUGAGAGAGAAAGAGAGAGCCAAGUGUUUUCUGCCCUUUCAACUCAUUUCUGAUUUGACAGGAAAACACUCGUGGAACGCUCCAAAAUGUUUUUCAGAGUCCCCAGAUUGACUCCGGGCUACAUCCGGCUGCUGCAGACCCAGGCCUACCAUAAUGUAGCUAUGGCACCCCCCGCUGAGAGGUCCAUGCCGGGCAUGGCGAUGCUGCUGGGGGCCGUGGGGAUCGGCUUGUGCGGCUACAGCGCCAGGCAGUUGGCCCUCUACCACCGGCCAUCCUCCAGAGUGCUGCAGUGGGUUGGUACCCACACUGAUGCCAGCAUGGUGGGCAAUAGGAUCCCCCUCCUGGACGUCAAUCGCCGGGGCGGUGCCUGCCAGGAGAUCCCACCUCCCUCCUUUGUGGGACAGAAAGUCUUCAUGAAAUAAUAACCUUUGCUUGCUAGGUUUCAUAGAAUAACCAACGUCAUAGGUUGAGCUCCAGUAACUACUCUUAUGCACGAUGAAAGAUUGUAGCUAUGCUGGCCCCAAGUGUGGCCCAUGUGCUCUCUGACGAAGUGCAAGUGUCGAUAUUAGCCUGACCUCAACCGUGAUGUUUGCGGGAAGUUGAACGUCUUCUAGUCAUGAUGAAUUCUGUAACACAAAAUAUAGAAAUAGUUGACAUGCUAUUUGAUGGUAUCAAUUACUCACUAAUAUUAGAGUCUUUAAUGCACUGAGAGGGCAUGAAGCAAUAUGAACGAGUAUGUAAUGAUGCUGGAACUUCCCAAAAACUGAAUGUAGCUUGAAGAAGCCACCAUGUUUAAUUUGAAGACAUUGUGUGUCUUAUUGAGGCCUGGUGUAAAAAUAGUCUGUUGCUUGGCAGUGCCCUCUGUACACAGAUGGUUGGCAACUCUAUCUAUGUGUGUC